GUCAAAUUUCCACGCAUGUUUUUCCCUCGUGCGGCCGAAGCGAUCAUCUGAUCUGUUCAUUGGACAGAGACUUUGCAUCUGCCUCCAAUUCAGCACGACCUUAUCCAACAAAACCUGCCGACUGCACAGGGACGGACGUCGUUGCAAUAAAGUCUCGUUCAACCCAACUCACGAUUCUCGCAAUCUGCAUCUGAUUCCGAACGCAGCACCCAAGAAUGUCGGCUAAUCCAGGAACCGUGCGAGGCACGCCUGGUCGUGGCCAGGGCCGCGGCGCCAUCCCCUUCACCAACAGCCCGUCUGCCUCGGCAAUCCCCAGACCGGUUCUCGAGACUACCCAUACGUCAGCCGCCAGCGAUGCGGGCGCCGCCGCCGCGUCGUCGCUCAGCGCCAGCAGGCAAAAACAGACCAAGAGAGAUGAGGCAAUCCGUCGGAAAAUGGAGAACGAUCUCUCCAAGAAGAAGCACUUGACGAGCCGUGCCCGACACUCUCGCAAAGCCCCUCCUGGCACCGUCUUGGCCCUGAAGCCGAGCCCUGCCCUCCAGAUAAAGCCCGCGACCACGGUCGCCGAGGCCGCCCAGCUCAUGGCCGCAAAACGCGAAGACUGCGUGCUGGUCACCGACGACGAUGACAGGAUUGCGGGAAUUUUCACCGCCAAGGAUCUGGCCUUCCGCGUUGUCGGGGCGGGGCUCAAGGCGAACAGCGUCACCAUCGCCGAAAUCAUGACGAAGAACCCGCUAUGUGCUAGAACCGACACGAGCGCCACCGACGCCCUGGAUCUGAUGGUGCGCAAGGGCUUCCGCCAUCUGCCCGUCAUGGACGAGAACCAGGACAUCUCGGGUAUUCUGGACAUCACAAAGUGCUUCUACGACGCCAUGGAGAAGCUGGAGCGCGCCUACGCGUCGUCUAGAAGGCUGUACGAUGCACUCGAGGGCGUGCAGUCGGAGCUCGGUACCAGCCAGCCCCAGCAGAUUAUCCAGUACGUCGAGGCUCUGCGCUCCAAGAUGUCGGGACCGACGCUCGAGUCGGUGUUGAACGGCAUGCCCCCGACGACUGUCAGCGUGCGGACGUCGGUGAAGGAGGCGGCCCACAUGAUGAAGGAGAAUCACACCACGGCAGUCUUGGUUCAGGAUCAGGGAUCUAUUACGGGUAUCUUCACCAGCAAGGACGUCGUUCUCCGUGUCAUUGCGCCUGGGCUCGACCCGGCCACCUGCAGCGUUGUUCGGGUCAUGACUCCCCAUCCCGACUUUGCGCCCAUAGACAUGAGCAUCCAGGCUGCGCUUCGGAAGAUGCACGAUGGUCACUACCUCAACCUGCCCGUCAUGAACGAGGGAGGCGAGAUUGUCGGCAUGGUCGACGUGCUGAAGCUUACAUAUGCCACUCUUGAGCAGAUCAACACCAUGGGCGGCAGCGACAGCGAAGGGCCGGCCUGGAAUAAGUUCUGGCUCUCUCUGGACCACGAGACCGAGUCCAUGGUCUCUGGCGAUGGCUCGCACCAACAUACGAACCCCGGCCCGCGGUCACUCAUGUCGCCCGACAUGUCGCGCGAGCGCAUUACCGACAGCGUCGCGCCCGGCGACUCUGCCAGCCACGCCGGCGUUGACUCGCCCCCGCACAGCGCCCUCGGCAUCACGCCGGAGCUGCCGCCCGGCGAGCUGCCCUUCACAUUCAAGUUCAAGGCCCCUAGCGGCCGCGUCCAUCGGAUGCAGGUUACCGCUACGCACGGCAUGGCCGAGUUCGUCGGCAGCGUGACCGCUAAGCUCGGCUCCGAGGUGGAUGCGAUCGGCGGCACGCCCGUCGUUGAGGACGGCAAGCUGUCUGGCGGCUAUGCGCUCAGCUACCUCGACGACGAAGGCGACUCCGUGUCCAUCACGACGGACCAGGACCUGCUGGAAGCGAUCCUGCUCGCUCGCCACGGCCACCGCGAUAAGGUCGAUCUCUUCGUCCACGACCCCAAAGAGCCUCCUGUUCCCGCUGUGGUCCCGCCGAUCUACGUUGCGCCGCCCGAGCCGAUCGUGCUGCCCACGCCGCCUGCAUCGUCGGUCAUCCGCGAGCGCCGCAAGGUUAUUGGUGACGACGAGGACGAAGACGGCGAUGCCGAGGAAGAGGACGACGAGUCUCCUGCGCCCCGUGGCCGGCAGACACGCACGCGCACGGCGCCGCACCAGCCAGACCAGGUCAUUGCCGGCGUGCCCAACGAGCUGCUGCUUCCAGGUGCAAUUGUCACGCUAGCAAUAGUGAUUGCUGGCGUGUUUUCCAUCUCGAGGCUGUCGAGCAGGUAGAUGGCGAGCAAGUUUUGGGAGGAGGAGGGGUGCUGGAUGGCGAUACAUAUAGCCAAGGAGAUGGAUCUUAAUAUCACGUACGAAGGAGCGCUCGGUUUGGAAUUGCCGCUUGGGGGGGGGGCCAUCAUGGCAUAGAAAUGCGCGCUUUUGAGAGGCCAAGCGGCAGGAGUCUGUCUGUCUGCUCUGUUGUAGUAGAUUUUUCUUGUAUCAGAACUUUACGACCUUUGGCAUCAUCUCUCUACCCAUAGAUAUUAAUACGCAGUGGCCUUGUUCUGUAAGCGGCUUGUUUGGC